AUGAGUCUCUCUGAUGCAAAGGAUGCCUCUUACAACCGCCUUUUCCAAUUAGAUGUUACUCGGGUUUUGGCGCUACUAUUCAACCUAAGCCAACUCUCCGUAGAAGGAUUGUAUAAAAAGUAUGGAGAACCGGAAUUCGAAGAAAUCAGACGUUUUGAUGGGCAGCCGCUUCCGCCAAAUAUCCCACCGCAGGCCGUUCUACCAAUCUGGCUUGGCGAAGCAAGUGAAAAACUCACACUACCAGAAGCUAAAAUCCUCUUAAGCGAUUUUGGUGAAGCCUUCCUCCCUAGCAAGCAACAGAGAUUUGAAUCCCACACCCCGCUUGUAGGCCGACCACCAGAAGCCCGUUUCGAACCGCAUAAGCCUCUCUCCUUCCCAUCUGACAUCUGGUCACUCGGAUGCUCUCUGUGGAGCAUCAUAGGUCAGAGCUCACUUUUUGACGGCAUACUUGUGACUGAAGAUAGCAUUACUUGUGAGCAACUUGAUGCACUUGGUAUGCUACCUCCAGAAUGGUGGUUAAAAUGGGAGGGCCGUCAUAGUAGAUUCACGGAAGAUGGCAAGCGGAUCAAUCUCGACGAUUACCGGUCGUGGGAGGACAGGUUCGAACAACAUAUGCAGGAGCCUCGACAAAAGAAAGGGAUGGCGCUCAUUGGAUCGGUCGAGAGGGAUGCUAUCUUUAAAAUGCUGAAGCCGAUGCUUAAUUUCAGGCCUGAGGACCGCUCUACCGCGAAACAGAUUCUCGAAUCUGAAUGGAUGGUUAAAUGGGCUUUGCCUGAAUACGAGAAGAUUCGAAAUAUAUGA